GGGAGGUGGCGGCGCCGUGGCGGAGGAGCAGGAGCAGGAGGGGGAUGGAGAGGAGAAGGCUCCUGGGUGGCAUGGCGCUCCUGCUCCUCCAGGCGCUGCCCAGCCCCCUGUCAGCCAGGGCUGAACCCCCGCAGGAUAAGGAAACCUGUGUGGGUACCAACAAUCAAAGCUACAUCUGUGACACAGGACACUGCUGUGGACAGUCUCAGUGCUGCAACUACUACUAUGAACUCUGGUGGUUCUGGCUGGUGUGGACCAUCAUCAUCAUCCUGAGCUGCUGCUGUGUGUGCCACCACCGCCGAGCCAAGCAUCGCCUUCAGGCCCAGCAGCGGCAGCAUGAAAUCAACCUGAUCGCCUACCGAGAAGCCCACAAUUACUCAGCGCUGCCAUUUUAUUUCAGGUUUUUGCCAAACUAUUUACUACCUCCUUAUGAGGAAGUGGUGAACCGACCUCCGACUCCUCCCCCACCGUACAGUGCCUUCCAGCUACAACAGCAGCUGCCUGCACAGUGUGGCCCCCCAGGCAGCAGCCCCCCAGGCGCCGGUCCCACCAGGGGCCCCCAGGGGGCACAGAGCAGUCCCUUGUCCGGACCCAGCAGAAGCAGCACGCGACCCCCGAGCAUCGCCGACCCUGAGCCCCCCGAAGUGCCCACCAGCCCAGCAGCCACCAAAGCCCCUGGAAUGGAGCCCAGUGGCUCUGUGGCCGGCCUGGGGGAGCUGGCCCCUGGGGCCUUCCUGGACAAAGAUUCCGACUGUAAGGAGGAGCUGCUGAGAGAUUACGGCUCCGAGCAGGGCAGCGCCCUCCCCGAUAGCAAAGACAAGACGCCUGGCAGACAUCGCCGCUUCACGGGUGACUCGGGCAUUGAGGUGUGCGUGUGCAACCGGGGCCACCAUGACGACGACCUCAAAGAGUUCAACACGCUCAUUGACGACGCUCUGGAUGGGCCCCUGGACUUCUGUGACAGCUGCCACGUGCGGCCCCCCGGUGACGAGGAGGAAGGCCUCUGCCAGCCCUCUGAGGAGCGGGCCCGAGAGCCUGGGCACCCGCCCCUGCCGCGGCCCCCCGCGUGCCUGCUGCUGAACACCAUCAACGAGCAGGACUCCCCGAACUCGCAGAGCGGCGGCUCCCCCAGCUAGAGCGGGCCCGGCCCGCGCCUCAGAACUUGGCAAAGCAACCAGGGCAGGGGAGCACCAUGAGAGAAGCAUUAAGUGACUUUCAGAGGAAGCGGUACAGCCGCUUCAUUCUUCGCCCCCUCCCCGCCGGCCUGCAUUUUCCUGCACCUCCAGGUACAGCUUGGGGAGUGGAGGCCUCUCCGCCCACGGGAGCACAGUGUCUCGGAGGGCCGACACGUUGGCUCGUUCUGUGACUCAUUCCUCAUUACCCGGCCCUGUCCCCUUCUCUUUUCAAGUCAUAUCUCACUGCCUGCUCGGGUCAGAGAGAUGUGUGUUUCAGAAGCCCCCAAGGAGGGGGCUGAGACUGUGCCCUGAGGUGACCCUUGGUGGUGGAGUGGAUUUGUGCUCUGGUGUUUGUUUAAGAGAACUUUGCUGUGUCUCAGUCCGGGAGAGGUGGCAGGUCUCAGCCCUGGGAGAAGAAGGAAGCCCGCAGAGGCCCAGGGAUUGUCAGCCCCUGCUGCCAAGGUCUGCAGAGCCAGAACUGGGCUAGUCCUGGGGGAGGAUGAGAGCGGACAGGCAGUUAUAAGGUUGGUAGGAGGCUUACUGCUCCCUCAGAUUCCAGGUGAUGAGGUCGAUGUACCACUGUGCAUCCCUGAGGGGCCCUUCCCAGCAGGUUCUGGCUGGCCACAGCCUGGUUUAGUAUGGAACAUUAUGUCACCUUCUUUUUGGUUUUUCUUUAAACAAAAACAACAGCAGCAACAGCAAAAGCAAGCUGAAAACAAGAACUUGACCAGCGGGCAGGCAAGAAUUCUGUUCUGGAAAAGGGAAGUUUGUGCCUCUAUCCCAAGUUGACCUUCAAAGAGCCUGGCUGCCGUUGAGCCGGGAGGAGAUGUUUUGUGUGCAGGCUUGGGUGGGGGCUAGCUCUGGAACUUCUGUGGGAGCGCAGCAGAGCCUAAGCCAUGGGGCUGCAUCUGGUGCAGUUUGCUGCAUCUCUGCCCUUCGGGCUGACCCUAUAGGUGACCAGGGUCCUCCCCCACCCAACACACAGUCUGCAGGCCUCCGUGCCUCACUGUUCCCAUAGAAACAAGGGAGGCUGCGGGUCCUAAGAAAGGGCAGCCCCAUAGCCUGGCUUUUACACAGUAUUUUCUCUUGAUUCUGAAUGAGUUCUUCUGUUGUGUUGUUUUUGUUUUUAUUUUUAAACUGACCACUUGGAAAAAAUGGCUUGGUUAUCUGUGGCUUUCAUGCCCUUCCCCUGCCUCUCCACAGCCCCCUUUUUGAGUGGGGUGACUAAUUUUUGUAGCCUCCGUAAAGAGCCUGAGUGGCCCAGGUAGGAGGGCGAAGGCAGUGGUCCGGAAGGACCGCAGGAUCCUUAUUACUGUAGUUUGGCUUCAGAUAACCAGUUGAGCUUUGACAGGAAUAACCUGAUGGAGAAAGCAAACAGCUAAAACUCACAUUCCCUGUCCAGUGCUGUUCAUAUGAAGAGUUUGGUUCUUUUCCCACUCUUGAACGAUGAUAUUCACAUUAGUCAUUGACGUUACAGUAAGAAAGGAAAAAAAAAAAAAUAUAUAUAUGUAUGUACAAAAAUAGACAAAUCCAAGGCUGUGAGGUGAACGAGUGUCUGCGUUCGGAGUCCA